UUUUGUUUCCCCAUACCGGCACUAUCGCAACUUCCUUCACACUCGUUAACUAAAAAGCCUGUCCUGUUUACCUGCUUCGGUCACACUCAUUAUGGAAACAUCCCUGUUUCUUUCCAUCCUAGUAGCGGCGCAGUCUUCCGUUUCGCGGACUACUUCGAUUGUUUCGAAGCUACCAAAGCCGGAGAAUCCCGGAUGCGGAAUGUGCGCGAAUGAAUGGCUUCUUAUUUUAAUUUGAUCGAAACUUGUUCACCCUUGCUCGCGCUCUCUCGCUCUCUUUUUCUAAACAUAUCUCGCCAUCUUUUUCUUUGCGCGUCUGUUCCCUUUGCCUCCGCGGUACGGCAAGGGUUUCGCGUAGAUGAGAGUACGGCAUGACAAACACUGGGCCAAAGGGAGAAAGAGGAAAAAACACAUAUAAACGGAGCGGACAGCAAUUGUUCCCUACCUUGCUGAAGGAAGACUUGUUCAGAGUCAAGCAUUUUUCGCCAGGAGUGUUUGGCGCCAACGUGAAACACGUGGCCAGCAAAAGGCAGAGGCAACACAACAACCAAAAACCCACCCACUCUCGGUGGAAAGUCCCAGAAAGUCCACACGGAGUAGAUAAAAAGGCAGCAAGAUGUGUCAUAAAGUGCUGCCGCACCCUGCCUUCUCUCCACUCGCCCCUUUCCUUCUCGUCUUCCAAAGAUGGGAAAGUUCCAACCAACAACAAAAAAAAGAAGGGAAGUUGUGCAUAAAGAAAUCACGUGCAGCACAACACUCAAAACCCAAAUCUCGUCAAUCUCAGCGAGGGAAAACAUUGAUACUUUUGGGAUUUUUUUUCGGGUUUCUUCCAGAUAUUUCGGAACUUCCGCGCUAAACAUCCCGAUGCUGUCUUGGGCAUUAUUAUUGGGCGAGUAUUUUCCCGGGUGGUUCAUUCGUAAUUCGUAUGCGUUAUAAAUCGACACAUCGACGAGGACCAACUUCCGCCACUCCCGGGUGAGGAAAAACGAUCAAUAAACGAGCCGGCGGUAAAUAGCCGGGGCAGUAGAGAA